AUGCCCUCCCUGCGCUCUCGCUUCCCCGUGGAGCUGGGCUCUGUUAGGGAUCCAGAAGCCCAGGUGGGGCGACUGCAUCGCCUGGCUGUGGCCGGGGGCCCAGGCUGGGGCCUCACCCGGCUCCUGCGGAGAGUUGUCCAGGUGGAUGGUGAGAACUCUGCUGGGCAGACGGGGCUCUUCCUCUCGGCACUGCUGGGCGACAGCUCUGCCGUGCAGCUCUUGCUGACCUUUGGCGCCAACCCCAACCACCGCUGCCUCGAUGGCAGCACACCUGUGCACGCAGGCGCCUUCUCGGGCCGCAGCCUGGUGAUGCUGCACCUGCUACAGGCAGGGGGUGACCUGCGUUUGCAUGACCAGCAGGGUCGCACACCUCAGGACUGGGCAGAGCAGGGUGGUGCCAAGCAGCGCUGGGAGGUGCUGGAGCUGUUAGAGCUAUGCCGAGCCCACAUAUCGGCACUAGCGCAUGGCGGUGAAAUGGCAGCCAGUGCAUCCCUGGGCCAGUUGCAGGCCAGCUCUAGACACAGCCCCUGGGGCUCUCUGUCCUUGCCGCGGCUGGUGCGUGCGGACAGGGCAUCGAGGCCGGAGCACAGCAGAAGACCCUCCCAAAUCCCGGCCUUGGGGUUUGGCCAGCUGAGCAGCCUGUGGCCACUGGGGCUGGUAACAGGCAUACCCCUCGCGGACCCCAAGGAGCUGCUGCCAGCCCAGGGCGAGCCCGACCGCACCUACGAGAGCAGCUCCCACACCCUCAUGCCUCCUGUGGAGGGGCCACCCCGUGACAGCUCGGCAGCUGAAGGCACCUGGAACUCAGCCAGAUGUGCUGUUGGCCGACCUUCAGCACUGCAGAUCGUCAACCCCUGGCACGUGCUGAUCUGUGCCCAGGAGCAGCCCCCACCAGGCAGGUCGGGGCCUCCUUGUGAGUGGCCCGCUCUCCUCCCACCCAGCACCCUGCACCACCCCAACCUGUUGCUGCUGAUGGCACUGAGCCCCUCGGCCGACCUGUCAGGGCUGUGCCUUCUCUUCGAACCCGUGUGGCUGGGCUCCCUGCACGUGGUGCUGCACCCCCGCGGCCCGAGUCCGGGAGGGCCCUGCACCGUGCCGGGCCUGCCGCCCGGCCACCUACUGCUGCAAGUGCUGGAGGCCCUGCUGUUCCUGCAGGCCCGCUGGCGCGCUCAUGGCGGCCUUAGCUCUCAUGCAGUGCAGCUGGUACGGCCAGGCCUGGCCAAGGUGGGCAGCCUGGAGCACGGGCGCCCCCUGCACCAACGCUGGCUGCGGCCCAGGCCACAGCAGGGCUGCUCCCGGGGAGGCCCAGGCCUGGGGCUGCCCCCGCCUCCUGAACUGUACCCAUGGCUGCCACUUGAGCUCAUCUGCGGGGACAUGCCUGCUGCCACCUCAGAUCUCUACAGCUUUUGCAUCCUGGCCCAGGAGGUGUUCACCGGAGAGCUGCCCUGGGCUGGGAGAAAGGGGCCUGAGGUGAAGGCUAAAUUGGAGGCAGGUGAGAGCCCGGCCCUGGAUCCCCUGGUGCCGGCCCCAUACCAGGCCCUGGUUCAGGCUGGGCUGGGCCUAGGGCCCGCCGACCGCUGGGGCAGCCUGCAGAACACUCGAUACCUGCUGCGGGAGGCCAUGGCCCAGGACCCAGCUCCUGAGGUGAGCUCCCCGAUGCACUGGAGUGCGCGGUGCCCCGUGUCUCAGGGUUUCCUACCAGAGACACUGUACUGUGAGGUGGCUCCCAGAGCCAAGUCUGCACCCAGGCCUGUGCCCCCUUUGAUGUCCCUAGGCUCCUCCCCAUGCCAGGCCCUGAAGACUCCCGAGGUCACAGGCCGCAGCAGAGUCCAGAGGGCCCCAGCCUGGGACUCCGGCAGCAGCUUGACUCUAGGCAGCAGACUGAGUCCUGGCCCCAGCCUCUACCCAGGCUCCAGCCCCGCAGGCCGGGUCAGCCUGCACCGCUGCCUGGAGCCCAGCUUGACAGAGCCCAGUCCUGAGCCGAUCAGAGGAGGUCUCUUCUCCAGCCUGCAGAAGAUGGACCUGCUGGAGGAGAUCACAGCAGAGCUGCAAGGUGGACAACUCCGAGACAAGCGCAGCGUCGACCCAGCUCCUGACCCCGUUUCUUAGAGUACCCUGACUGCCUCUCUGCAGACACCGCCCCUCGGAGCCUCCCAGCGGUGACUUCCCACGCAGCACUUGCUGAAAUGAUAAAGUGAUAAAGUAACCCA